GGGGUUAGAGAAGUGUGGUUGUCCGUUUCCUGCUUUGAGCUGAUGUAUGCACAGAACAGAGAAGAGAAACUUCCUUGACUGUAGAGAGCAUUCUGACUGUGCAUCGCGAGGACGCCUUUUUUAAAAAUGUGAUAAACCCUUUCUGUCGAAAAAGUCCAAGAGUCGUACAAGGGAUAAUGAGCCGUGGAACUAAAAGUAAAGCGGAGAGCGCCCAAAGCUCUCUGCUGAGCCAACAGGAGAGUGACAAACUGGAGGACCUGCUGGGCAGAAGGUGUGCUUCUGUGGCCACCGCAGUCGCACAGUUGUUCAUGGCCCUGCCUCACAAUCCGACCGAGUGGAGCCUGCAGCACACUGGAGCGGUCUGCUUCGUCAAAGACAACCCUCAGCGCUCCUACUUCAUACGCAUGUUCGAUCUCAAGAUGGGGAGGCUGGUGUGGGAGCAGGAGCUCUACAACCAACUGGUUUACUCCACACCUCACCCUUACUUCCACACCUUUGCAGCCGAUGACUGUCAAGUGGGACUGAACUUCUGUGAGCAACAGGAAGCAGAGGCCUUCAUGAACGCGGUGGUGGAGAAAAUCAACCAAAAAAACAACCGUCAAGAGAGAAAACAGCGCCCCCUGCCUUCAAAGGAUCGAGGUUCUCUGCCAGCAGUCCCGUCUGAAAAAGGCCAACCUGGAAGCCCUGCUUCGUUUCACAUGGCAACAGUGGACAUCCAAAACCCAGAUAUCCAGUCGUCUCGCUAUCGCUCCAUCCCUUCCCCCUCAGCUCCUUUAGCUGUGAGUAGCAAAGAUAAGAAGAAAAAGAGCAAGAGCAAGAAAAAAGCCCCCAAACUCUCCAAGGCAGACAUCGGGGCGCCGAGCGGAUUCAAGCAUGUGUCCCAUGUGGGGUGGGACCCCAACAACCUUGACCCUGAUUUGUCAAAGCUGCUGGCCCAGGCCGGCAUUGGCGAGGCUGAGCUCCGGGAUGAGAAGACCUCUCAGCUCAUUUACAACGUCAUAGAGCAGUCCGGAGGCAUGGAGGCGGUCAAGCGGGAGGUCAACAGAGCCGCUGCCCCCCCACCUCCCCCCCCUGGCCGGCAGGGUCCCCUGCCCCGCCCGCCGGGCCCCGGUCCCACGGCUCCGGCCCCUCCGCCUCCCAGGGGUCGCUCUGGCCCCCUGCCCCCCAUCCCAGGCCAGCCGCAGCGGGGGCCCCCGUCCUCCCAGCCGCCCCCCCCCCCCCCCCGGGGUGCCCCCCCCCCCCCCCCCCCCCCGGGGGGCUCCCCCCCCCCCCCGGCCCCCUGCGGCGGGGGGGACGGCAGAGGGGCCCUGCUCAAACAGAUCCAGCUGGGGAAGAGUCUAAGAAAAGUGUCAGAGAACUGUGAUCCAGCUCCCCCUGCGGCAGCGGACUCGGGCGUGGGCAUCGUGGGGGCCCUCAUGACGGUCAUGCAAAAGAGGAGUAAAGUCAUCCACUCCUCGGAUGACAGUGAAGAAGACGGGGGCGACGAGGACGAUGACGACGAUGAAUGGGACGACUGA